AUGGGAUUGAAAGCACAUCGUAGCCGUAGUUACAAAACGACUGCGAAUGUUCUUCCAUGGCUCUCGCCAGGUGACGGUAGCAUGGACAUAAUCGGUAUUUCACCGGAAUCCCAAUUAUAA